GUUUUACGAUGCUGUCGCGAGAUUAGAGAAAGUUUUUAAAAAGCCCUGCCAUUAGCAUUCGGCAGCAUUAGCAAUCGGGAAGCAGUCAAGUUGAAACCACGUCGAGAUUAACGCCACCAGACCAGCAACAAGUGGAUGCCCCAAGUGCAAACAGUUCCAAAGUCAACUUUAAUAUACCCAAAUCCCAGGAGAUCGCAUCGGAUCGGGUGAUAAUGCCCGAUAGUUGUACGGCGGACCUACGAAGUCGCCGCCGCGAAAAUCCAAUCGACCGCAACGGCAAUAUCGGCGGCACAGCCAAGGAGCAGGCGACAAGCAGCAGGCCUAAGCUGACAACCGAAUAUUCCCAUCGGACUAACGAAAUGACUGCGAGCAAGGAAGGUCAAGAAUCGAGGCGAACCCUCAGCGAGAGUUCCGCAGAGGACGUCGGGCACACAGGAUCGAGGACCAGGACCAACGACGACGAAAUGUGGCGCAAUGAACUUGCUAUGAACGCGGACAGCAGCGCCGCUCAGCCAGAAAAGCGAGAGGAACGAAGUCCCAGUACAGGAAACUCCAAUACGAGGUUCAGCGAUGCCGUAGAUGUUGUUCUUCGCGUUCUCCUCGUCAUUACCUUCAUCAAGCUGGAGACGAUGACAGCUUUUAAGCGGGAAAUUCACGAGGAAGAGCUGUGGCUAUACAAGAACCCAAGGCGACCGGACAUCGUCAGGGGCGGGGAGCUGCUUUUCUGGGUGAUAGUGGCACCCUUUCUGGUCACUAUCGCCUUCUACUGGUACACAAGAGACAAGCGGGACUUUAGAGCCGCCAGCUGGGCCUGGACACUGGCCCUGUGCAUGAACGGCAUCCCGACGAGCGUACUGAAGAUAACAGUGGGGCGGCCCAGGCCCGACUUCUUUUACCGCUGCUUUCCUGAUGGCGUGAUGGUACUUAACACAACGUCAAGUGGCUUGGACACCUCCAUCCUGGAUUUCAAUUGCACAGGGCUUCCGGGCGACAUAAACGAAGGCCGCAAGAGCUUCCCCAGCGGUCACUCGUCGUUCGCCUUUGCGAGUUUCAGUUUCAUUGCCUAUUACAUUGGCUCCAAGCUGCACGCUUUCGAUAGCCGGGGACGCGGCCACACCUGGCGGCUCUGCAUUGCAGUGAUACCUCUGUUCAUCGCACUGCUGGUUGCAGUAAGUCGCACCUGCGACUACCACCACCACUGGCAGGAUGUGACCAUCGGCGGGCUGAUUGGCCUACUUGCAGGCUAUAUAAGCUACACACAAUACUAUCCCUCCAUCUUCAGCCCUAAUGCCGGCAUACCAUUGGUCAGGUGGCCCAGCAGAGAGGGAAGCCAGUACAAGCGACUGUCAGGAAAGGACGACAAUGGCAGUCGUGGUGGCGGAGAUGCGGUGCGGAGACCCCUCCUCGUUGGCAAGGAGGAGUCCAAAUGGUACUAAAAGCUUUACGUAAUAUUACUGUUAGUGUUGCUUUCCCGUUUAAGUUUUUUAAGCAUAUCCAGACAUCGCUGAAUUUCCGAUUUACAAAUGUGCUGCUGGCUUACCUCGUAUUAGGGUUUGGUAGUAGGGUAGGGUUUGUUAGUAGUUUCUCCAAUAAAACUAAGCGCGUCAAUUGCUAAACGUAAA